AUGGACAGUGCCACCAUGGUCGGCAGUUCAGGAUCAGAAAAGGAGGGCGAAGAGCGCAAGUCGCCGCGAACCAGGCCAUCAUUUUCACCUUUUGUUCCAACUGAGCCAGAACCCGAAAGGACUCAAUCAUGGCACAACGACAUCUGCACCUGCGACGCUUCAGGACGGGACCAAGACAUCCCGUCGGCGCACAACGUAUUCGCAGUUGACGCGGCCCUUGUAGAAGGUACCGCAGCAUUUACUCGCAGUGCCGAAAUCAGCCAACAGCUCGUCCUUCUGUUUUGCGCCAUCCACCCAACAAUCACUCUUCAUGAUGCAUCCGAUACCUUGUUCCCGACUUCAGCGGAAACCACCAAUACGAUGCCUUCACUGGCCUCAACAGCGUCCCCUUCGCCCCAAAGGUUGCCCUUGCAACACCGGUAUGUAAAGGAGGCGGGCGAUUCCUGCAUGGCUCCCGGCAUCGUUGGUCGUAGCGAUCUCGAUGACGAUCGAUCUUCUAUCUUUUAUCCAGCUCGUCAUGAGGAAUGA